GUCCCCGGGCCACCCAGACCCAUGCCUCGCCCCGCGGCACGCCACCAUGCUGUACGUGAGUGACCCCACACAGCGCUUCUCCACGUCCCAGUUCGAUUUGCUGAGCAGCACCAUGGACCAGAUGAGCAGCCGCGCGGCCUCGGCCAGCCCCUACACCCCGGAGCACGCGGCCAGCGUGCCCACCCACUCGCCCUACGCGCAGCCCAGCUCCACCUUCGACACCAUGUCGCCCGCGCCCGUCAUCCCGUCCAACGCCGACUACCCCGGCCCCCACCACUUCGAGGUCACCUUCCAGCAAUCCAGCACGGCCAAGUCGGCCACCUGGACGUACUCCCCGCUGUUGAAGAAACUCUACUGCCAGAUUGCCAAGACCUGCCCCAUCCAGAUCAAGGUGUCCACGCCGCCACCCCCAGGCACCGCCAUCCGUGCCAUGCCCGUCUACAAGAAGGCGGAGCAUGUCACCGAGGUGGUGAAACGCUGCCCCAACCACGAGCUCGGAAGGGACUUCAAUGAAGGACAGUCUGCACCAGCCAGCCACCUCAUCCGUGUGGAAGGCAACAACCUGUCCCAGUAUGUGGAUGACCCCGUGACCGGCAGGCAGAGCGUCAUGGUGCCCUACGAACCCCCCCAGGUGGGCACAGAAUUCACCACCAUCCUCUACAACUUCAUGUGCAACAGCAGCUGCGUGGGGGGCAUGAACCGAAGGCCCAUCCUCAUCAUCAUCACCCUGGAGACCCGAGAUGGGCAGGUGCUGGGCCGCAGGUCCUUUGAGGGCCGCAUCUGUGCCUGUCCGGGCCGAGACCGCAAGGCCGACGAGGACCAUUACCGGGAGCAGCAGGCGCUGACCGAGAGCGCCACCAAGAACGGGGCCGCCAGCAAGCGCGCCUUCAAGCAGAGCCCUCCUGCCAUUCCUGCGCUCGGCACCAACGUGAAGAAGAGGCGGCACGGGGAUGAGGACAUGUACUACCUGCACGUGCGGGGCCGGGAGAACUUUGAGAUCCUGAUGAAGGUCAAGGAGAGCCUGGAGCUCAUGGAGCUGGUGCCUCAGCCGCUGGUGGACUCCUACAGGCAGCAGCAGCAGCUCCUGCAGAGGCCGAGCCAUCUGCAGCCCACGACCUAUGGGCCAGUGCUGUCCCCAGCGAACAAAGUGCAUGGGGGCGUGAACAAGCUGCCCUCUGUCACCCAGCUGGUGGGCCAGCCUCCCCCGCACGGCUCAGCGCCAGGGCCCAGCCUGGGUCCCAUGGGCGCCGGGAUGCUCACCCACCACGGCCAGGCACUGCCAGCCAACAGCGAGAUGAACGGUGCCCACAGCUCCCAGACUAUGGUCUCGGGGUCCCACUGCACCCCACCACCUCCCUACCAUGCUGACCCCAGCCUGGUCAGCUUCCUGAAUGGACUGGGGUGCCCCAACUGCAUUGAGUACUUCACCUCCCAGGGGCUACAGAACAUCUACCACCUGCAGAACCUGACCAUAGAGGACCUGGGGGCCCUGAAGAUCCCGGACCAGUACCGGAUGACCAUCUGGCGGGGCCUGCAGGACCUGAAGCAGGGCCCCGACUAUGGGGCGGCGCAGCAGCUCAUCCGCUCCAGCAGCAACGCGGCCACCAUCUCCAUCGGCAGCUCAGGCGAGCUGCAGCGCCAGCGCGUCAUGGAGGCCGUGCACUUCCGCGUGCGCCACACCAUCACCAUCCCCAACCGUGGCCCCGCUGUGCCUGAUGAGUGGGCCGACUUUGGCUUCGACCUGCCCGACUGCCGGCCCCGCAAGCAGCCCAUCAAGGAGGAACUCACGGAGAGCGAAGUCCACUGAGGGGCGUGCA